UGUAUCCAUGGAUGAUCUUAAAUUGGUUGGCUUGAAAUCUCAUGAUUGUCAUGUAUUAAUGCAACAACUAUUGCCAGUAGCGAUUCGGGGAAUCUUGCCUGACAAAGUGCGGGUUGCCAUAACUCGUCUAUGUUUUCUUUUUAAUGCUAUAUGUAGCAAAGUGAUUGACCCUGCAAGAUUGGAUGAAUUGCAGAAUGAGGCUGUCAUUGUCCUUUUUCAAAUAGAGAUGUACUUUCCUCCAUCAUUUUUCGACAUAAUGGUUCACUUAAUUGUUCAUCUAGUCAGGGAGAUCCAGUUGUGUGGUCCUAUAUUUUUACGCUGGAUGUAUCCAAUUGAACGGUACAUGAAGGUGUUAAAGGGGUAUACCAAGAAUCAACACCGACCAGAGGCUUCGAUUGUUGAAAGGUAUGUUGCUGAAGAGUGUAUUGAGUUUUGCUCUCAAUACAUUGAAGCUAAAUCUGUCGGGGUACCUGAAACUCGUCAUGUUAGGACACCGGGGGGUAAGGGUACACGAGGAUACAAUGUUGUCACAAUGACUCGCCAGGAGGUCUCACAAGCGCAUCUAUAUAUAUUGAAUAAUACAGCAGAGGUCAUUCCAUACAUAGAAGCCCACAAAAAAGAAGUGGCCGCACGAAACCCAAAAUUAAACAUGAUGAGGGUUUUGCCGGAGCACAACAAAACUUUCAUGAACUGGUUUAGACACACAAUAUUUGUUGAUCAGACUGCUUCCAAAACAUUAUGAUUGUUGGCUCUUGGGUCAAAUCUAAAUGUUCCAACUUGGAAAGGGUAUGACAUCAACAAUUAUUCCUUCUACACCAAGUCCCAAGAUGACAGAAGCUCGAUGCAAAAUAGUGGUGUCACUAUUGAUGUCGACUCCGAUCACUUUUGCAAUGCAGCAGACAAGAAUCCGAUUCGAGCCUCCAUGCAUUACUAUGGAGUCAUUGAACAAAUCUGGGAGGUUGAUUACACUGAAUUUAGAGUGCCAGUGUUUAAGUGUAAGUGGGUCAACGCCAAUGUCGGUGUCCGGCAUGAUGAAAUUGGAUUUACCUUAGUUGACCUCAACAAGGUGGCAUACCUGGACGAACCCUUCAUUUUGGCACAACAAGCAAGACAGGUUUUUUAUGUGGAAGAUCCUUGCGAUUCUAGAUAUUUUGUGGUUCUACAGGGAAGACCAAGUGGUUUAAAUGACGCACAUGAUCCAACGAUGCUUGACAUUUGUGAGACACCACCUUUUUCGACAGCUAUGCCUAAUAUCAAUGAUUCGCACUACGUUGACGAUGUACACGCCAAUCGUAACGAUCAUGAUGAAGGACUAUGGGAGAACAUUGCAACAUGACGAAUUUCCAUGCAUGACAUGUUCAUGGGUACACCACCAACUUCCCCCCCACAAUCAAAUAUUCAGUCUGAAGCAAAGUCUAGGAAUACUAGAAAAUCAACACGGCUACGGAGGUUGACAGUACGAUCAUUAGAUCAUCCAAGACCAACUGUACAGGUGGAUGCCGCAACUGGCCGAGGAUCGGGCCCACACAAAGAGAAAUUCCACAAUUAUCUUGGGGUGGUGGCCCGAGAGAAAAUUCCCAUAGUACAUAAUAGCUGGAAAGAUGUUCCGGACAAGCUAAAGGACUGCCCCCAUGUACUUUCUCGUGGAGGGUAUGAUUUACUUGAAAAGAAGUUGAUGGAUGAUAAAAUCAAAAAGAGACAACAUGAAGCAAUGCUGACUGAGUCUACAGUAGACAUGGACGAGCCCCCAUCUCCAAUUAAAAGACAUGUGAAGUGGGUGUUGGCACGCACAAAGCAAUUUGGGCAGAUGACAUCUGAGGCGGCACGAGAAAUCUCUGAUAAAAUUGCCUCAUUGGAAGAACAAUCAUCACAGGGUACGUUUGUCCCGAAUGGUCGUCAAGACAUACUUAAUACAGCCAUUGGGCGACCGGAUCAUGGAGGGCGUGUUCGUGCAGCGGGUUCUGGGGUGACAAUAACUCAAUACUUUGGGAAGGCAGCACGUGGCUCUGGUAGCUCAUAUAGAUCCUUCAACCAACAACAGUUGGAUGAAAUAAUAGUAACCAUAAAGGAACAAAACGAACGCAGGCUAGAGACAUUUAAACAUGUGUUGAAGGAACAAAUCAUACUUGAGAUUUCGCAAAGGGGAUCGACUGUCGCAGCUCCUAUUCAGCCAGAUAUACAGCUAUUAGGUGCAAGAGUUAGCACAAAGGGGAGCAAUGCGGAGGCUGUUGUCAACCCAUCUCCGCCAGAUCAUGUUGGUCCUGUCAAGCCGACUAUGGGGUUGUAUGUCCAUAGGGAACUUUGUACAAAGUUGGUGGCAUUAGGAAAAACAUAUGAUGGAGGCUCUACCAUACACGGUGUGGCUUAUGCAGAUGAUGUCGUCAGGGUUAGUGUUGACUUGGUUAUUAAUGGUGAAGCUGAAGUCCCAUUUCUGACAUCAGACAUUAAGUAUGUCAGCCAGGCGCUAGACACAUUCAUUGCAUGGCCAACAUCACUUGUAAAACUAGUCUCAAAUGAGAGGACCCGUUGCGCGAGUUGAUUAAGAGCCUAGUUGACAUUUAUGAGAAGCCUGUAGAGUUCGUGUGGGAUCCUGCUAGAUUUGGAAUUCCAAAUGGAGCUACAUCGUUGUUCGUUACAUGUGCUGAUGUCAACAAAAUCAUAUCAGGCGUACAAUGUUUGAACAUAACUAUACUACAGUUGUGGACCAUCCAUAUGGAAGACUGGACUAAUACCUUGGGUCUUGGAUCAAUUUAUGGAUUCCUUGAGCCGCAAUCUAUACUGAAUGCAAAGGAUAAACGACAAGAAUGUCAAUAAUACAUUGAAAAAUGGGUUGCGGAAUCGCAAAAACAAUUCUAUCUGGGAGCUUAUUUGAAUUUGGGCCAUUGGCAGCUCGUUGUUUUGUGUCCAGCAGAGAACCGUGUUGUGUGGUUUUGUUCUUUGCGUAGAAAGCCAGAUGUUCAUAUAAAAUCUGCAAUUAACAAUGCAUUUAAGACAUUAAAUUCAACUUCUGAGGGGAAAUCUGAUCAAACUACACCAAGGUGGCUAGAAAUUAAGAGUCACGUUCAAAGCGGAGGCUAUGAGUGUGGCUAUUAUGUCAUGCAAUGGAUGUGGAACAUAAUCGGCGGGGAGGUGAAGACUGAUUGGGCGAUGUGGUUCGGUGAUGGCACGGCACACGACAUCGAGAUUAUCACAUCAUUACGGAAGAAAUGGGCUGAAUAUUUUUAAAAACUUAGAAGCAUCCAAUGUAAAAAGCUUUAGUUCACAUGCAAACAACCACUUUUGUGUUUCUCAUGUAUUUCUUUAAGUGUUACAAACAAUUUAGAUGUUGUAGUGAUUUUUAUGUCUGUAUAACACUUAAUAGUUGUUUAAUGCAAUUUCGUAUGCACCGAAA